AUGGACUCAGCGGUACUAUUGAUUGAUUUGGUUUCAGCUGAACCAUCUCCAGUAUCGUGCUCAUUAGAUACCUCGUAUCAAAGCGCCACUAAUGCCUUCAAUCGGGAGAUCUUCUCCAGAUGUGUGCAGAUUGUUGAGGCAGCAGACAAACAAAUGAUUUCACUUGCUCAUCACUCAUACAUUGCGAUGGUAAACGAAGCAGAUGAAACGGAAGAUGCACUGAAGCUGGCAACGUAUUGGAAUACGUUCCUUGAGCGAGUUCAACGUGGACGACCUAAUGCUGAGUUGCUGGAAAUUCUUGAUAUGCAACUGAUGGCGUUGGAAAACCUCAUGGAACUCAAUGACACCAAUCGUGAAUCGUUGGCAGAAAAACUACUCUCCAUACUCGUGAAAAGCUACAAGGUACUACACCAGCUAUAG